UGAGCGCUGGCUGUCGCGUCCUGCGCUCGGCGCGCUACACCUCGUUCCCGGAGCGCACGGUCCCCCACGCAGGUCGCCAAGCGUCCGGGACGCUCCCAGGGUCAUGAGCAGGGUUUCCUUCGGCGACCGAGCCUGCUCGGUCCGCAGACCCGGCUCCCCUCGCCUGGCGCGCUUCCACCUCUCCUGCAGAGUCGCCCUUCCGCCCGGCGCCCUCCACGCACGGAGCGGACUGGGCUGCGCGCCGGCCCCUGCGGAGGCGCCCGCCCGCGCCCGCCGAGGCAGCCCCUUGGGGUUCGAUGGCUUCCUGUGUGCGCCCGCGUCGCAGGCGACCGGCGGCUGGAAGGAGCGCUCGGCCUCGCCGGUCCCAGACGUUCUGGGAGCUGGCGACAGUGAGCUGGGUGAUGGCUGCACUCGGGACCUGGCGACAGCCCCUCUCCUCCGCCUCCUGCUGCUGGUCCUGAUCCCCUGCAUCUGUGCCCUCAUCGUCCUCCUGGUGAUCCUGCUCUCCUUCAUUGGAACAUUGAAAAAGACCUAUUUUAAAUCAAAUGGGAGCGAACCCUUGGUCACUGACGGGAGAGUCCAGCUGCCUGAUGUCCUUCUUACAAACACAGUCUACGAUGCGAGCCCUGCGGUGCCGACCGCACAUCCCAGCCAGCACGUUCCUGCGUGGACAGCGGGUGCCUCUCCCCCGGGGAACCACAGUCACAGGAAUACAAGUGCCUGCACGGACAUCACGCACAGCCAGUGCCACGCGCUGCCCUACCACGCCGCGCGGGCGCCUCUCUUCUCGAUUUCCAGAAGCAUGGACACGGAGAAGUUCCUCAAGUUCUUCACGUACCUGCACCGCCUCGGCUGCUACCAGCACAUCAUGCUCUUUGGCUGUAGCCUGGCUUUCCCCGAGUGCGACACCGACGGCAAUGACAGUCAUGGGCUUUUGCCCUGUAGGUCCUUCUGCGAGGCUGCCAAAGAAGGCUGCGAGUCAGUCCUGGGGAUGGUGAAUUCCUCCUGGCCCGACUUCCUCAAAUGCUCGCAGUUCCGUAACCAGACUGAACACAGCAACGCCAGCAGGGUCUGCUUCUCACCCCAGCAGGAGAAAGGAAAGCGACUGCUCUGCGGAGGGGGCGAGAGCUUUCUCUGUGCCAGCGGGAUCUGCAUCCCCAGGAAGCUGCAGUGUAACGGCCACAACGACUGCGACGACUGGAGUGACGAGGCGCUCUGCGACUGCGGUGAGAAUCUGUUCCACUGCCACACGGGCAAGUGCCUCAAUCACAGCCUCGUGUGUGACGGCUACGACGACUGUGGGGACCUGAGUGACGAGCAAAACUGCGAUUGCAACCCCACGAAGGAACACCGCUGUGGGGAUGGACGCUGCAUCGCGCUCGAGUGGGUGUGUGAUGGGGACCACGACUGUGUGGAUAAAUCGGACGAGCUCAACUGCUCCUGCGGCAGCCAGGGCCUGGCGGAGUGCAGGAGCGGACAGUGCAUCCCCAGCGCCUUCCAGUGUGACGGCGACGAGGACUGCAAGGACGGCAGCGACGAGGAGAACUGCGGGGCCGUGGUCAUUGUAGAUCAGGACUGCGACUCCGUCAAAGGCUUGCAGGUUUCUGCGGUGGUAGAUCCCGGAGGAAUGUUUGGCAAGUAUGGAGAGAUUAUCUUGCCUAGGGCCCUGGAAAGCCAGUGCGAGCCGAUUACGCUGGAACUCUGCCUGAACCUGCCCUACAAGCACACGAGCUACCCGAAUUACCUCGGCCACCGCACUCAGAAGGAGGCGUCGGCCAGCUGGGAGUCCUCGCUUUUCCCUGCCCUGGUUCAGACCAACUGCUACAGAUACCUCAUGUUCUUCGCCUGCACCGUUCUGGCCCCGAAGUGCGACGCGAGCACAGGCCGCCGGAUCCCCCCCUGCAGAGCGCUGUGUGAACACGCCAAAGAGCGCUGCGAGUCUGUCCUCGGGAUCGUGGGCCUCCAGUGGCCUGAAGACACGGACUGCGGUCAGUUUCCGGAGGAAAACUCAGACAAUCAGACCUGCCUCAUGCCCGAUGCAGACGUAGAAGAGUGCUCACCCAGCCACUUCAAGUGCCGCUCGGGAAGGUGUGUCCUGGCUUCGAGGAGAUGCGACGGCCAGGCCGACUGCGAGGACGACAGUGACGAGGAAAACUGCGGUUGUAAAGAGAGAGAUCUUUGGGAAUGCCCGUCCAACAAACAGUGUCUAAAGCACACAGUGAUCUGCGACGGGUUCCCAGACUGCCCCGACGGCAUGGAUGAAAAGAACUGCUCCUCUUGCCAAGAGGACGAGCUGGAAUGUGCAAACCACGCGUGCGUGCCCCGUGCCCUGUGGUGUGACGGCGUGUCAGACUGUGCAGACAGCUCGGACGAGUGGGACUGUGUGACGCUCUCUGAGGACGUGAACGCCCCUUCGCUCCUGACUGUUCACAGAUCGGCCACGGAGCAGCACGUGUGCGCGGACGGCUGGCAGGAGACCCUGAGUCAGCUGGCCUGCCGGCAGAUGGGCUUAGGAGAGCCAUCUGUGACAGCGUCAGUGCAGGAACAGGAGAGAGACCAGCAGUGGCUGACCUUGCACUCCGACUGGAAGAGCCUCAAUGGAAGCACUUUGCACAGACUGCUGGUGAACGGGCAGUCCUGUCGGAGCAGAAGGAAGAUUGCUCUUCUGUGCGCUAAACGAGACUGUGGGCGCCGCCCUGCUGCCCGCAUGAGCAAGAGGAUCCUCGGGGGCCGCACCAGUCGCCCCGGACGGUGGCCCUGGCAGUGUUCUCUGCAGAGUGAACCCAGUGGGCACAUUUGCGGCUGUGUCCUCAUUGCCAAGAAGUGGGUUCUGACAGUCGCCCACUGCUUCGAGGGGAGAGAGAAUGCCGCCGUGUGGAAGGUGGUGCUCGGCAUCAGCAACCUGGACCACCCGUCGGCGUUCACGCAGACGCGCUCGGUGAGGACCGUCAUCCUGCACCCCCGCUACAGCCGGGCGGUGGUGGACUACGACAUCAGCGUCGUGGAGCUGAGCGAGGACGUCAACGAGACCAGCUGCGUGCGGCCGGUCUGCCUGCCCGGCCCGGGGCAGUCGGUGGACCCCGACACGUACUGCUACAUCACGGGCUGGGGCGACAUGGGCAGCAGAGUGCCCUUUAAGCUGCAAGAGGGAGAAGUGCGCGUGAUCUCGCGGGAGCAGUGUCAGUCCUACUUCGACAUGAAGGCCAUCACCAACCGCAUGGUCUGUGCUGGCUACGAGUCCGGCACGGUGGACUCGUGCAUGGGUGACAGUGGCGGGCCCCUGGUUUGUGAACAGCCUAGAGGACAGUGGACACUCUUCGGUCUAACUUCAUGGGGCUCCGUCUGCUUUUCCAAAAUCCUGGGGCCUGGCGUUUAUAGCAACGUGUCAUACUUCGUCAAAUGGGUCGAAAGACAAAUCUACAUCCAGACCUUCCUCCGCUGAUGCCAAGGCCCGUCAGACUCGCCAGCAGCACGCACCGGGCAGCCUAGCCUGACGAGCUUCGCGCGGAGCUUGUAGAAGCCCCUUUCAGAGACAGGGAUGCACUGCCGUACACUGCACAUUUUUCACAUUUGCCUUGGACUAAUUUUAUUCAGCUUUUUUCCCAACUUAAUUGUUCUCUUCAGUUCAAUGAAAGGUACUAGAAAAAACACAGCAAAGCAGGUUUUGUUCUUUUGCCAUGCCUGCCCUUGACUCCAGCACGAAGUGAGCUCUGGAGAGAGACAGUAACGUGGGCUCCAGGCUAACAGGGCAGACCUCCCUCCUAUUCUGUCGUGGGAAGGGCAUGACACCCAGGCUGGCCCAUCUCUGCGGGUUCCUGCCUCUCGAGCACAGUGGCUCAGUGGCAGGCUUCAAUAGUAACAUUGGAGACUUGCUUUGGACUUAUUAAAAGCCAGGUUAAGGGAGACCAGCCGAUGACAUAAUGGUUACCUCGCUGGACUCCCACAUGGCCGACUGUGGUUCGAGUCCUGGAUCUGGA